AUGACAGAAAUCUCCAUCAAGUUAACGAACGGGUCGUUGCUAACCGGGAAAACCCAUUUCCCUUCUUCGUCAAUGUUGAGUACCUUUACUCCUCUCGUCGUUCUCAUUCAUGGCGGCGGGUACGAUGCCAACUACUUCGAUGCCAACGAUAAGCACACGGUGCGAUAUCUGAGUGAAGCAUUGGGCAUUCCACUGAUCGCUCUCAACCGUCCUGGGUAUGGUUCAACCGACCUGUGGCAUUUCGACAAGGGCAAGAACAGUUUUAUCCAGCAGAGUGGUCGGUGGCUACACGAAUUCGCACUUCCAGCUGUCUGGGCCGAAUUUGGAAAGAGCUUGAACGUGUCUUCAAUAGUUCUGUUCGGUCAUUCUGUUGGAGGGGCUAUCAGCGUUGUCGCAGCAUCGGAGUACGAGCGAGGGGCGUCGCAAUAUGUGCUUUCUGGAUUGGCAAUCAGCGGAAUGGGUUCUAGGCCCGAGACUUCGACAUUCGGGCCCAUGCUCCAGCAGAUGGAGAGCACAAUGGACUCGACGAAACUGAACCCUUUGUCGGUCCCGCACGAAGCCAAGGAUACGAUCACCUUCCACACCGAGUAUACGUUUGACCCCGAUAUCCUGAAGGAGACACAGAGGCUUGGCCGCGAUUCAUCGUUCGAAGAACUAUAUGACAUCAACCUGCUGUGGCCAAAUUACUGGGAGUCAUAUUCUAAAACAAUCCAAGUCCCGGUGCUGUAUACCAUGGGACAGUUGGACAAGCUGUGGCAUUUGAGUGCUGAAACUGUUGAAGAGUUUAGCCGAGGCUUCAGUAGUUCUGCAUGGGUUGAGACCAGGAUUCUGCAAAAUGCUCCACACUGCAUUGAGCUUUCUCUCCAUGGAACUGGCUUUAUCCUACGGGAACUGGGCUUUGCGUUAGAAUGUACUACGCGGCUCGCAAUUGAAGAGAAGAUGCACAACGCGAGAAGAGCAUAG